AGUUUUGCCCUGACUGUCAGUCGCUGCGGCCGUCGUAUUUUUGCUAUUUUGUUGUGAUCUCGCCUGGUGCGUCUGCAUGCCAUCAGCGCGAAUUUUGUUACAUAAAAUCGUCCGCGGCAUGAAAAAUCAGCACUAAAAAUUGUUCCAAUGCGCUUCCGUCGUAGCCAAACGCUCAAACAUCUGCUGGACCUGUGGCCAGGCAAAAAGUACCUGGGCAUCUACCGGUUUCUGCCGCUGUUCUUCGGUCUCGGCGCAACGCUGGAGUUUUCCAUGAUCCAUUGGCGCGUGGGCGAUACCAAUUUCUAUAACACAUUCAAGAAGAGACAAGCCAAGGAUAUUGUCGAAGAGCGGUUACGACUUCACCAGCUGGAACCGAUUCGGGAAUCAAACUAAGAACAACGAACGGUUGAAAAAUCGGCACAAACAUGCCAGCAGGGGUUCCCACAAAAGAAUACGUUAAGUUCAUGGCUGCGGCUCUGUUUUCGAUGUUUGCUGGUUCGCAGAUCGUGCACCUUUAUUAUAAUCCGCUGAAGGAUUUGAAUUAUUAUAUCGAGAAGGAAAUCCAGUCCCAGCGGUUAAGGGUAGUUGAACAGCAAUCCGACGAUGGAAUAAAAAAGUAAUAGUUCAAAUCUCA